GAUCUUGCACUCGUUGCCUGCUACAUGCGCACAGGCCCUUGCCUGCGUCCAAGCUGCCCGUGCUGGCAUUUCAGCGGAGGCCUUCCCUCACCUGAUUGCAGCAGUGCCGCAGCCAGCCUCUCAAUGGGGUCUACUGGUAGCCACCCCACUCUGGAGCCCGCACGAGCGCCUCCUCAUCUUGGAUGCCAGGGCAUACAAUGGUGCUUUGUUUGCGGUCCAGUCCCCUAUUUUUGCUGACCGGGACGCUGUCCUUCGACUCGCAGGCAUUCCUCCUGAGAACUUUGUGCAGGUCUACUCGGCUAUGGAUAGACUGUUUCUGGUCUCAGGCCACGAGGUCAGGAUUUUUCCAGGCCUCUGCCUACACAUCACACGCACUGGAGAGCCUGUACAAGCCUACUUUCUUGAGGAAAUGCUGCACGACAACACGGUCUGGCGAGACGGUCCGGAUCUUCCAGUGCCACGCACCACCUGUUACUGUUGUGUUUCAGUCCGUGGUCACUUUCUUUAUGCAACGGACCCCUCACAGCCUUGGGCCAUGCGCUCAGAGAUUGCCAAUGCAGCAGGCUUGUCGCCCAGAGACAUGCAAAUCACACCAUCCGACCCACAGAUUGUUGACUGCGAGGUGUACGGCAUUGCCUGCCGUACUGUUCUAGCCGCGCUGCCUCAGGCCGGUCACCGCUUUGGGGUUCUUGUGGAUUGUCGUCCCCUCCUGCAGGGCUGGCUUGUGCUCUGCUCUAGCGGGGUUGUGACCUUUCCAGAGUUGGAACAGGAUAUAGGCACAUUUGUUCCCCCACAUUGGGAGCUACACGUGCAUCCUGAACCAUUGCCUGAUGGCAGAAUCCUCGUCAGACCCGGUCAGAUUCUCAUUGCCAUGUACCGACCUUGGGUGCCUAUCCUGCCUGCUAUGGACGAGCCCGGCCAGUCCGACACAGGUUCAAGCUCAGAUCACAGCACAGGUUCUACACCUGCAUCCGACCAGGAUGAUGAUGACAGCUCCGACCAGCCGAGUGGUCGGGCCUUCACGGCAGUCAGCCCCAUGAUACGUGGAGUCAUGGUUCCAGUCACCACGCCUUUGCUACAGGCCACCAUGACCUCACCCCUUUCCUUCUUGCUGUUGGAGGCUGUGGCCUUACUCGUCAUAGCUUGCUUUCAUGGUCUCAACCGCAGUCACUGCCUGCCUGUUGCGGCUCCGGUGGAUGAUGACAACUCUGACUUGCAGGAGUUAAGCGGACAGAUAGGGCCCACACUGUUGACACAAUGUGUCCAGGAUCCUGAGUGCCAGGCUUUCUUCCUAGCUGCCACGCUGCUGGAGGUCUUGGAAGAGCACCAAGAAGACAGCCAACAGGUCCACAUGCAGCCAUCAGGUUCAUCAGGCCAGGCGUUGGUAGAGGCCCCUACCAGGAUCAGGCUGGCUGAUGCCAGACCCCUGUCAGUGCAUCAGCAGCGAGCGCUGGGACUUGAACAAGUCCUUCCUCACGCACAACCUGCCUCUCUGGACGCCCACCAAGAUUGGCUCGACAAUGAGCUCGACUCGUUGUUGCAUGACCGCAAAAUACCACUGGCUCUGAGAACAGCCUUUGCUAACCUGCAACUCUGGCACCAGCAGGGCCAACCGUUGCCGUACCUUGUUGAGGUAUUCACCGACGGCUCAGCAAGCACCAGCCCGGAGGACCUGGUGCCAUGUGCAUGGGCACUUGCCGUCUGGUUGCACUGCUCUUCUGGGUCUUUUCUUCUUGGACACUCCUCUUCGAUAGCCUCGCCUCCGGAAUUGCCGUACCAUGUCGGCGAAUGCGAUGACACAGCACAAACGGCAGAAUACCUAGGCAUUAUUUGGGGUCUGGCCUGGGUAUCGGAAUUCGGCUGGCAUUUCCGUGUGCCCGUUCAUUUCCGGUACGAUGCUACUGGAGUUGGCCAAGCUGUUUUUGGCACAGCCCGAGCACCAUUUGAGGACUCCACGGCCACCUCCAAGGUCGCAGAGGUUGCUAUUGCCUUACGCCACUAUGCUCAGAGCCGGGCCCAGCUUCAGCAUUCACAUGUCCAAGGGCAUAGUGGGAACAUCCCCAAUGAGCUAGUUGACCAACUCGCAAAGCGUGCCAGAAGACAGGGCGAAGACCCUUGGCACAAAUGUUUGCCACUGUGGCCCUCACGCCUCAGCAAGCAUGUCAUGUUGACAUGGGCUUGGGCCACCCUGCCCAACCAGCCAGAUGUGCCAACACUUUUCUCGCUGGAGAGUGAAGCUGCACGGCUACAGCAUGCCACACAGCCUUCCUGGGAUCCACCCCGACAGGGUCAGACCCAGCAGCAGCUUGCCGCGGGCAGGAUCCAUUAUGCUUUCAGGUGCGUGACCUUCAAUGCCCUCACCCUGCGCGACAAAGGGGGGCCGAAAGUGCAGGAGCAACUUGCUGGUCUGGGAAUCACAGGCCGUAAGCUCGCCUUGAAGCAUGCGCUCAAGACACUAUCUCCGCUGUUUCUGGGUAUCCAGGAGACACGGUUACGCGAGGAUGCCGGUCAACCAGAUCAGGAUUACAUCAUUUUGCAAUCCUCUGCUACUCCUGCUGGGGUCGGAGGCUGUGCUUUGUGGAUUGCCCGGCAUGUACCAUAUGCUGAGGGCCCGGACGGCAAACUCUUUGUUUCCGAGUCUGAUGUUACGGUCACCUCGUACGGGCCCCGCCAUCUAGUUGCAAAUGUCUUCUCGAGGCGGCUGCGCCUGACCGUGAUGGUGUUGCAUGCGCCUUCGCUUGCCAAUCACCCAGUUCAAGUCGUUCGGGAGUUCUGGAACAGCCGCUCACAGGAGUUGGCAAAAAGACCGGAGGGUUCUGAGUUCCUCCUCCUGGCAGAUACGAACUCUCGGGUCGGUUCAAUUGUCUCCGAACACAUCGGUUCUCAUGAUGAGGAACCCGAAAAUGAGGCAGGUGAGCUGCUUCACUCAUUUCUGGUGAGUACUGAUGCUUGCUUGCCCUCGACUUUUCCAACCUUUCACUCAGGCUUUUCAGGCACAUGGAAGCAGCCCGGAGGCGACUGGCACAGGCUAGAUUUCGUCAUUGUGCCUAGCAGAUGGAAAAGCUUUGGGCUCAGCUCUCAAGUCUUGGAGGAUAUCGAGUUUUUGCAAACCAGAACUGACCACCUCCCAGCUACCCUUUUCUGCACUUUUGCCAGGGAUGGUCCUAAAGAAAGUUAUCAGGUCAGCCAGAAACACACUUUGCGGCCCCCGUCUGAGCUAUACAACACAGGGCAGGUCAUUACGGCUCUGCAGGCCAUACCUCCCGUAGCUUGGCCACUUGAUGUGGAUAGCCACUUUGCGUGCUUGGCCUCCCAGCUACUGCAAACUGCGACCCAAUUCGCACCUGCUGCCCGCCAAGCGCCAACACAGCAGUAUCUGCAGCCUGCUACCUUGGAACUAGUUGACAUUCGGGGAGAGCUCCGCAGGUACAUUAAGGCUGAAAACCUCGAAUGGAAUCGACGCCUUGCCAUCAUCGGCUUUGCAGCCUUUUGCCACUGCAGGAAUGGCAGCCAUUUCUCAGAUAGAGCACGGACUGUAGCUGGCACCUGGCUGUCCCAGAUUGAUCACAGUGUUGCACGAGCUGUUGGUCUUUUGCACUGGUAUGGCAAGCAACUCCGCACGGCUGUGGCUGCCGACCGGCGAACCUACCUCAGGGGUUUAGCUGACACAGCAGCCUCUUGCAGUCUCAGUAGCCCGAAGGAACUUUACCAGGCUAUACGCAAGGCAUUCCCGAAGGCCCAGGCAUCCCGGCGCAGUCGCUUCACUCCACUCCCUGUCCUUGUGAAACAGGAUGGAGAGAUUGCUGUUUCUUCCGAAGAGAGAGCCGAAUGCUGGCGGCUCCAUUUCUCAAGUCAGGAGGCAGGGGAGUUUAUCACCCCUCAGGAUUAUACCCGCAUAUGUGCCAGGGCAGACAAGGCCACAGGUGCAGUGGAGACAGUCUUUGACCUUCAAGUGAUACCGACCCUUGCCCAGACUGAGCAAGCCAUCCUUCGGCUCCGCAAUGGCAAGGCGGCAGGGCCGGAUGGGUUGACAGGCGAAGUCUUUAGGCUCCACCCACCGACGACAGCACGUCGCCUAGCCCCGUUGCUUCUCAAAGCCGCGCUGCAGCUGCACGAACCCGUGGAAUGGCGUGGUGGCGACCUGAUGGUUUUGGCAAAAAAGGCCGGCUCCGUUCUCAAGUGCGAGAACUUCCGCUCGAUCUUGGUAUCGAACCUUGCAGGAAAGAUCUACCACAAGUGCAUCAGGACCCGCCUUGCACAGCGCCUCGUACCGUCGCUUCCGCCGUUGCAGGGAGGUGUGCAGAAAGGGGUCGGCAUUGAAUGGCCUGCCCUUGCGGUGAGGACAUUCAUCUGUCAGAUGCAUGGACUCCGCAAACCGUGGGCUGUGGUCUUUUACGACCUUUCUGCAGCCUUUUACUCUGUGGUGAGACAGAGCCUUGUUGCCGACCCGGACUCCGAUCAAGGUUUCCUCAAGGUGUUACAUGCCCUGCAGCUCCCGACAGGGAUGGUCCGUGACCUUCUCUCCGGGGACCCCUGUGCAGAUGUCCUUUUCGCGUUUACCCUGUCAGCUUAUUUGAAACGCGUUGGACACCUCUCAUCCAAGAGGCAGGUCGCCUGCGAAUUGCCGAUAGUGGCUGUGUACAAGCACCUUGGAGGCAUCCUGACCUCGACCACGGGCCCAUUGCCGGAUCUGUACUACCGCCAAGGCGGAGGGUACUGCCAGACCCCUCAGGUGUUGCAUCUUGCGAAUGCCCCGUCGCCGCCACUUGCGAUUGCUUUAGCACGGGCAAAGUUUUUGCGCACAGUGCUGGCGUCGUCCGAUGACACCUUGUUUGGGAUUCUCAGUGCGCAUUUUCUCCUUCACCCCUCUUCUUCAUGGCUGUCACAACUUGCCGAUGACGUCGCCUGCGUUGGGGAGUAUGUGCCGAGCAUCCGUUGCCUGCUCCUUCCUGGAAAAGAGAUACCAGCCCUAGUUGAGGCUGGCCGUGCGGAGCCAGGUUGGUGGACCAGCCAGGUGCGGAAAGCCAUCAAGGUUUUUGCUGAGGACCUUGCUCGGCUGGCCAAGACAGGAGGCACAGGCUUUACCACUCCGGUCGCCGCUCCUACAGAGCAAGCUCCUGAGCCUCCGGUUCAGCACGGUCCACAGACAGACUCACACGAGGCCUGUCCCGAUACCGUUCAGCAGCACUUGAAGUGCUCCUUGCCCUGCCUUGAGCGCUGUAGCCGGCUCUUCCCUCCUCUUGGAAAGGAAGAGAUCUGCCGCCUUGAGGCACCGUCGCGCAGACGUCACAAGGCGGUAAAGGCUGGACAGUGGAGCACCUUCCAGGGCUUAGCACCACCUCAGCGAUCACCCCUGGUUUUUGGACCUCGCAUGCCGACAGCUGCCGAACGCCGUCAAGGCCUGAUACCUACUGAGGAGGAUUCGCUGGCCUCUCUAGCCAGGCACUUCGAGCCCUCCCUCGAAGUCUCCUCGUGGAUCCGGGAGUACAUAGCAGGCAAGUCCUCCGAAGGACCCAGAACAACG